AGGUGCAGACAUGAGGGAAGACUGGGACUCAUACAGUACAAGACUCCAACUGGACUACAUCAGAGUUCUUUAAAAAAAAAAAUUGAAUUCGUUCUCAUGUGAUGCUGACAACAUAAUGUAACACUAAAAUAUCCACUUGUUCCGUCCACAGCAAUGUGGAACCUUACAGACCACCUCGUCAUAAGAAAAGUCCUCCUCGACCUUCUGAACUCUGCAAAGGCUGCAGGGAGGUCAUUGCCAAAGUAAAAGAGCGUUACUCUCAAAACUGGAUGAAGCAGGAAAACAAUUACACAAAGUUCAGAUCUGAGCUGAGCAGCAAGUGUAAUGGUUUUGACAAGGCCAUCAUUACCCAGGCCAACACUCCAGUGGGAUCCAAGAUUGUGUAUGAUGGACAAAAGAAGAGGAGGCUCGAGGUGACCCCGGAGAUUUUCAGCACCUUUGCAAAGAGGCAUCCAUUUAAAAAAAAAACAUUGGACACGUGUGCUGUUGUUGGGAACGGAGGGAUCCUGACUGACAGCGACUGUGGAAAGAUGAUCGAUUCAGCUCAGUUUGUUUUCAGGUGUAACCUUCCUCCAUUGGAAGAUGGCUAUGAGAAAGAUGUGGGCACCAAGACUGACCUUGUGACAGCAAACCCAACAAUCUUUCAAAAGAAGUACGGGGCUCUAAUGGGACGUCAGCGUCCGUUUGUGGAGAGCCUGCGAAUCUAUGGUGACUCCCUGCUGCUCCUUCCCGCCUUCUCCUUUGGGUUCUGCACUCCUCUGUGCAUGAGGGCCCUCUAUGCCACUGAGGACUUUGAAAGCCCCAUUUGGCCCAUCUUCUUAAACCCUGAAUACCUCCAGAAACUGGCUGUCUUCUGGCGCUCCCAAGGCAUAAAAGCAGCACGGCUCAGCACCGGCAUAAUGAUGACUAGCCUGGCACUGGAACUCUGUUCUAACGUGCAUCUGUACGGGUUCUGGCCCUUCAGUAAUCACCCACAUGGACUCUAUGCCCUGACUAACCACUACUACGAUGAUGUAAAAGCUAACAGAGGACUCCACACCAUGACGGCUGAGUUUGACCUCUUGCUGCAGCUGCACAGUCAGGGGGUGCUCAGGCUUCACCUGGAAGAUUGUCGGCCAGGUAAAAUGUAGUUCCAGGAACUAAUGAAGUCUUUCGAAUGGAAUAUUCUACUUUCAUUGAUUACAAGGAUCAAUCUGUCCAAGUAAGGUGCUCAGACUUGAGCUUAAAUUCUGUGUUGGCCAUUCAGCAAAAAGCAU